CUCGGCCCGGCCGGGGGCCCGCCGCUGAUUGGCUGCGCCGCCGGGCGGAAGUGAUGCUGCUGUCACCGGCUUCUCGGGCUCCCGCGGAGCCGCGAGUUUCCGCAGGCGGGCGGCGGCGGCGGCGGCGGCCGGGCCGGUCUGCGGUCUGUGCUGGGAGUCACCGCUACUCACAGCAGAAGGAAUGCCUUUUCUCCAUUUGCACAAAAUGAGCGUGAGGUGGUUAACCAGACCAGGAGCUCAGCCUCACUCUGAGUCCAGCCUACUGCUCUGAUGCCGAAAGGGAGGCAGAAAGUGCCACACUCAGAUGCCCCCCUGGGCCUGCCCACGGGCCUCUGGCUGGAGUUAGCUGGGCUCUUCCUACUGCUUCCCUGGGUUAUGGGCCUGGUGGGGGCAGGUGGGCCCGGGGCCCAGGGCCCCAGGGGGCUAAGCUGGGCAGUGCGUCUGGAUGGUCCGGAAGGCGAGGGAGCAGAGGAGUUGCUGGAACGGUGGGCAGAUGCUCUGGCCCAGGCGACGGGGCUGAUGAACGCAGGGCGCAUCGGGGAGCUCCAGGGGCACUACCUCUUGGUCCAGCCAGCGGGGCAUCGCCAGGCCCGGCAGGUCAAGGCCGUCCGGCAGCAGGUGGAGGCCGUGCUGGCCAGGCACGAAGCUGUGCGCUGGCACUCAGAACAGAGGCUGCUCAAGCGGACCAAGCGUGGUGUCCACUUCAAUGACCCCAAGUACCCGCAGCAGUGGCACCUGAAUAACCGGCGGAGCCCCGGCAGGGACAUCAAUGUGACGGGUGUCUGGGAGCGCAAUGUCACCGGACGCGGGGUGACCGUGGUGGUCGUGGACGACGGCGUGGAGCACACCAUCCAGGACAUCGCCCCCAACUACAGCCCUGAGGGCAGCUAUGACCUCAACUCUAAUGACCCUGACCCCAUGCCCCACCCGGACUUGGAGAAUGGCAACCACCACGGCACACGGUGCGCGGGCGAGAUUGCUGCCGUGCCCAACAACAGCUUCUGUGCGGUGGGAGUAGCAUUCGGGAGCCGCAUAGCAGGUAUCCGGGUACUGGAUGGACCCCUGACAGACAGCAUGGAGGCUGUGGCGUUCAAUAAACACUACCAGAUCAACGACAUCUACAGCUGCAGCUGGGGACCAGACGAUGACGGGAAGACAGUGGAUGGCCCCCACCAGCUGGGCAAGGCUGCCUUGCAGCACGGGGUGAUCGCUGGCCGCCAGGGCUUUGGGAGCAUCUUUGUGGUGGCCAGUGGCAAUGGGGGCCAGCACAACGACAACUGCAACUACGAUGGCUACGCCAACUCCAUCUACACCGUCACCAUAGGUGCUGUGGACGAGGAGGGACGAAUGCCUUUCUACGCUGAGGAGUGUGCCUCCAUGCUGGCGGUCACCUUCAGUGGCGGGGACAAGAUGCUCCGGAGCAUCGUGACCACCGACUGGGACCUUCAGAAGGGCACCGGCUGCACCGAGGGUCACACAGGGACCUCGGCCGCCGCGCCCCUGGCUGCUGGCAUGAUAGCCCUGAUGCUGCAGGUGCGGCCCUGCCUCACGUGGCGUGACGUCCAGCACAUCAUCGUCUUCACAGCCACCCGGUACGAGGACCGCCACGCGGACUGGAUCACCAACGAGGCCGGCUUCAGCCACAGCCACCAGCACGGAUUUGGCCUGCUCAAUGCUUGGAGACUCGUGAACGCCGCCAAGGUCUGGACGUCUGUCCCUUACUUAGCUUCCUACGUCAGCCCUGUGUUGAAAGAGAACAAGGCGAUCCCACUGUCUGCCCGCCCCCUGGAGGUGCUGUGGAAUGAGUGUAUCUCACAACUGAGUGCCUCAACCUGUCUGCCUCAUCUCUGUUCUGGCAUCAGUUAUGUGGACCUCAUACGACGUCAUUUUCCACUUGCAGUCAGCAGGAUGGACCUGGACAUGUCGGGACUGAAGACCCUGGAGCACGUGGCCGUGACCGUCUCCAUCACCCACCCACGACGUGGCAGCUUGGAAGUGAAGCUCUUUUGCCCCAGUGGCAUGAUGUCCCUUAUCGGCGCCCCCCGCAGCUUGGACUCGGAUCCCAACGGCUUCAAUGACUGGACCUUCUCCACGGUGCGGUGCUGGGGGGAGAGGGCGAAAGGGACCUACAGACUCGUCAUCAGGGAUGUAGGAGACGAGACGUCCCAGGCCGGCGUCCUCCGGCAAUGGCAGCUCACCCUGUAUGGCUCUGUGUGGAGUCCAGUAGACAUCAGAGACAGACAGAGGCUGCUAGAAAGUGCCAUGAGUGGGAAAUACCUGCACGACGGCUUCACGCUGCCCUGCCCGCCCGGGCUGAACAUCCCCGAGGAAGACGGUUACACCAUCACCCCCAACACUCUCAAGACCCUGGUGCUGAUUGGCUGCUUCACCGUCUUCUGGACCAUUUACUACACGCUGGAAGUAUACUUGAGCCAGAGGAAUGUGGCCUUUCACCCAGUUUGUCGGAGUGGACCGUGCCACUGGCCCCAGCGAAGCCAGAAAGCCAAGGAGGAGGGGACAGAACUAGAAUCAAUGCCCCUUUGCAGCAGCCAGGAUCCAGGUGGAGUGGGGCUGGAGAGCGAGGGCUCUCCCACCACCUCAAGGCUCCACGCCCCAGACCUGCUGAAUCAGGGGGACUGGAGCAUGUCCCAGAGCAGGGGUGCCCUGGACGUCCCUCAGCUCCUGCCCCCAGACCUGCUGCAGGGGAAGGAGGCGCAAAUGUGCUGACCUGGGGCCUGACAGCCACCGUGGGAUGGGCUUUCACUUCCUAAGACUAGGAGUGUGGAAAGCUGCUUCCUAGUUCUGGGAGCUCUGGGCAGAAAGCAGUCCGGGUGCUUCCAGCUGGGACCAGAGGCCUGAAGACGCCCUCUGGCUAAAGACCAUGCUCAGGGAGGGCAUGGGCCUGCAGAAGGUCCAGUCAGCAGAGCAGCGGUGCCAGAGAACAGGCUGGCAACAGUCGUGGAGCCUUCCUCCAACAGAGUAGGAGCUUUUGGUGAGAAAGUCUCAGACGACGGACUAGGGCUUGCUUCUCCAGGGCAGGCCAGCAGUGUGCUUCUCCUUGCUUCUCCAGGGCAGGCCAGCAGUGUGGGUCACCCAGACCCUCAGCACACAUGGCCAGAAGAGCAUCUCAGCAGAAAUGUCACUGGGGUCCCUUGGGAAGAGGGCUUAGGGGUGGAAGCUGGAAAGAGCCCCCGGAUAUGCCUGUCUGUUUAACGACCCCGGGGCCAGAAACCGCAGCCCUUCCCUCUCUGCCCCUCACUGUCCAGCCUCAGCCUUGGACUUGGCCAUGUUGGUUUGGCAAUCAGCCCCUAACUCAGCACAUGUGCCCUGAAAGCAGCUGCCUGCAUCAGCCCUGAUCAGCAGAAGCCCACCUUGAGCACGCCCCUGACCCCUUUGUCCUGAAGGACCAGUACAAUGCACCUGGCAGGGCUGUGGAUGGGCACGGCCCCCAGGCCCAGGCCGCUCCAAAGGGGCAUCUUCGGCAGGUCUGCCACCCCAUCUUCCUCUGCAAAGUACUCAGGGAAAUGGCCGUGCCCACCGGAGGCCGGCCGGCUGCCUGGCAGGCUGCGACUUCCUCCCAUUCUUGGCCUCCUCCCCUCUGAGCGAGUUGGUUGAUUGGAACUUUGUUUUUUUUAAUGCUUACGAUUUGGUUUUCUCUUUCCACAGCAACAUUUUGUUGAAUUUUUUCUGCACAGCUUUUCCAAAAUAAAAACCUUCCUUCCACACAGUGUC